AGGGUCUGAACCCCCCCUUUCAAAAUGCAAAAAAACGCAUUUUUUUGUAUCAUAGAUAGCAAUUUUUCGUAGCUUGAAACGCUUUUUAGACCCUCAAGGCUCUUGAAAACCCACUCAGACAGACAGUAUGAGUCAGCAAUCAAUUUGACAUAAAUUUGAUAUUGUGAGGACACACGCGCAAAAACUUUCAAUUUGUUUUGUGAGGAAAAGCCCGAAAAUACAAUUUACAACAUUUAUUACAACUUAUUCAGUCGAUGUACCACUGAGUUAUUUUCCUUUCUCUAUUUCGAGUUUCAUUUUCAAAACGAUAACGGAAUAUCAUGUAGAAUUGUAAUAUUACAAAUGCUUUAUUGUUUUUCAUUUGGAUAAAUUGUUGACCUUUUAUAGACGAGCCUUUAUAUAUUGAUUGAACCAAGCGUCACUGGAUUUGACUUGGAAUGUCCCAAUAUUAUUUGUUCAUAAUACUUUACAUAGACAAUAUCGACUUGGACCUAUUUAUUGUUCGAACAGUGACAAUCAUUAUGAGUAAUUUUGUCGCAUUAAAAUAUGCGGUCUUUCAUAAAAUUUCAUUUGCACAUAAUCUCACUUUCUAGCAUUCCUUAUCGCGUAAGGCUGUUCCUCCAAAUAUUUCAAUGAAAUUGUGCAUGUAUUGAAUAUGACCUGUUGCGUAAUCCAGACAAUCAAAACGAGGUAAUUAAUUAUAUGAUUGAGUAAAAUACAUAUUGUCAGGAUUUAUAUUUAUAUCGAACAGACGCAUCCGCAACAGAACACGUCAUAAUUCCGUGAAAGGGUAAACCGUCAAGUUUAAAUUAAUAAUCGGGAAGUUUUUCGAAUAUUAAUCAAAGAAAGAACUUUGGGUUUAUACACGGAGGAGGCAACUUCUAUGCCAUUCCAUUAAAAACGUCAACAGUUCUAUUAAUAAACCUUGUUGUACGCACGGUAAGCAGGUAAUCGGAGGUAGCAGUCAGGCGGCACCUAAAUUUAAGAACUGGGAGUGGUAACUAUACCUAGUUGUUGUGAAAUCGCUGUAGAUAUUUUCUGUAAUGUUUAGCGUUUUAUUCUAAUAAACUAAAACUGGUCUGUGGCUGACGCGUGUUCAUAUUUUGGGCCUCGUAAAACAGGCAAAGAAGAACAACGAUAUACAAUUCGUAGAGGCAAACUUACAAAAUUGGACUUGUGUUCCGAACACAAAUAAAAACGUUAUUAAAAGAUUACUUUUGUGUGAAAAAGUACAAAAUAUCAUAAAAGCGUUUAAUAGUAUAAUGGCCCAUGGAUGGUGCCGAAAAAAUUUUUCAUGCAGAUCUUUCGGAUUUUCAUGUAACGACAAGGAAUCAGAAUCAUUUUAUGUGUCACAGUGGGGAAAAAAUCGCGCUGCCUUUACAGUGUACAGAGCUAUAAUGGCAUUGAAUUCCUUGGGAUGGACUAUUGCAUAUUACAUAUGGUAUAGCAGUGUUCAACCAUGGCAAAUCACACACAGUUAUUGGUUUCUGACGCCGUGGGCUGACUUUCUCCGAACAACGUAUUUUAUUACCGUAGCGCUCUUGGUUGUAAUCGGGAUGCUAAACCAGUUAUAUAUGGUGGAAGAACAAGGAGGCAUCAAAUGGCUUCGUGGCAUAACCUGGCUUUUCUUCACUCUUACGGUUGGACCUACUUUCGUGGUAACGAUAUUAUUUUGGAGUUACGUGGCACCAGAUCUAGAUCCGGAUAUAGCAUACAGUGCCAUCAGCAUUUUCCGACAUGGAAUCAGUUUUGCAUUGCUUUUAAUUGAUUUGUUCGUCUCAGCAUUUCCGGUACGAAUUGCGCAUGGCGUGUACAUGAUGGCGCUUGCUGCAUUUUAUGGCAUUUUUACAAUCAUUUUAUGGCGUGCAAAGGUUACUGACGCAGUGUAUGGAAUAUUAGACUGGGAAAAAUAUCCCGAACUUGCUUCUGGAAUUAUUGUUGCUGUAACUUUAAUAGCAGCUCCUUGCAUUCACUUGGCAUUAUUUUUGUUGUAUCGUUUACGAAUGCAUGUAUACAAUAGAUAUCACAUGGAAGAAUCGUCUUCGCACCAUGCGGAAUUGAAAACCUUGGAUCAAGUACAUGAAGAACAAAAUUCGUGAAAUGCCAACAUCACGUAAAACGUAACUGAUAUUUAUGUUUGAGACGAAAGUGU